UGAGCCUUCUCCCCCCCCCAUAUGCAAGCCAUCCUUUGCAUGGUAUUACAAUCCCACCACGCUCUUAGAUUUCCCCGUUUUUUCCCAGUCCAUAUGAACCAAAAAUAUGACUACUAACUCUCUCAGAUCCCUUCACCAUCACCACUACUCUUUCCUCAAACGCCUCUCCAUCUCAGAAUCCACCCUUCCUCCUCAUUCCUCCUUCCUCAAACCCUCCUCCUCCUUGUCCACCACCACAACCACUCCUUCCUCCUCCUCUACCACCAGCUUCUCUCUUUCUUCUAUCACUUCUAAUUCCACUUCCUCCACCACUUCCACUACUUCCAGCCCGAUCUCCUUUGACACCCUUCAGCAACACCUUUCCACUCAAAACUUUCGCCAGGCUGAUGAAGAGACACGCCGCCUGCUCAUAGUUCUAGCUGGGGAAGCAGCUCAGACACGUGGGUAUGUCUUCUUCUCUGAGGUCCAAUUCAUCUCAGAAGCAGACCUGAAAGCUAUUGAUGAUCUCUGGAAACAGUACAGCAACAAGAAGUUUGGAUACAGUGUUCAAAAAAGAUUGUGGCAAAGAGUUAACAAGGAUUUCACCAAGUUGUUCCUCAAAGUUGGGUGGAUGAAGAAGCUUGACACUGAAGCUGAGCAAUACAAUUACAGGGCUUUUCCUGAUGAGUUUGUGUGGGAACUCAAUGAUGAAACACCCGAGGGUCAUUUGCCAUUGACAAAUGCUCUAAGAGGAACUCAACUGCUUAACAGUAUUCUUAGCCAUCCAGCUUUUGAGGGUCAGGAACAGGCACAAGAUGCUGAACAAGAAGGAGAAAAAGGGAGAUUGAGAGAUGGAUCAAAGCCACUCAGCAACAGAUUUUUCAAACCAGAUUAUAGCAUUUGAUCAGGCUUUAAAUGCUUUUUAGCAAAAUACACUGUGAAAUCUGAAUUGGGUUUUUAAUUAAUCAACCAUAAGUGGUUGAAUUAUUGCUUCCUUUUACAGUGAUGAUUUCAUCUUUCACUUUCAUACUACUGUAAUUUCAA